AUGAAGAAAUCACCAUCGGUCGUCGAUCUCUCGCGGGAGCCGUCCGCAGCGGACAGGCCCCCCUCCAGCCAACCUGGCACCAUCGUCGAGCUGAACCAGACCAAACGCGGUCUCUCCUCUCGCCAUGUGCAGCUGAUGGCCAUCGGGGGCUCUAUCGGAACUGGUCUAUUUGUGGGAAUUGGCUCCUACCUCCGCGAUGCAGGACCCCUCUCCGUGUUUCUGGGAUUUCUAUUCUACGGGAUCUGCUUCAUCUGGCCGGUGAACCUCUGCGUGGGGGAGAUGUGCGCCUAUCUUCCUAUCAGAGGGUCCAUAUUCGAACUCGCCGCGCGGUACAUCGACCCUGCCUUUGGAUUUGCCAUGGGCUGGGUUUACUUCUACGGCGGCCUGAUGCUCGUCUGCACAGAAUACGCCGCCGUGGCGACGGUCAUGCAAUACUGGAACACGAGCGUCAACCCGGCGGUGUGGGUAGCCAUGGCCAUCGUGGUGUGCUUCCUGCUGAACAUCGUCGCGGUGAAAUGGUACGGGGAGACGGAAUUCAUCAUGGCGUCCACCAAGAUCCUGCUGCUGCUGGGCCUGGUGCUCCUGACCUUCAUCACGAUGGUGGGCGGCAACCCGCACCACGACGUGUACGGCUUCCGCAACUGGCAGCACGGGGUGAUGUUCGAGUACUACAGCGAGGGCGCGACCGGCCGGUUCCUGGGCUUCUUCUCGGUGGUCGUGUACGCCGGGUUUUCGGUGGCAGGGCCGGACCUGCCCGCGCUGGCGGCUGGCGAGAUCGCCAACCCGCGGCUCACGAUCCCGCGCGUCGUCAAGAUGACCUUCUACCGCAUCGUGGGCUUCUACGUGAUCGGCGUGCUGGCCGUGGGGAUUAUCUGUAACGCACGGGACCCGCGGCUGCUCAGUGCGCUGGACUCCUCGUCUGCGGUGGGCUCCGCCGCCUCGCCGUGGGUCAUCGGGAUCGAGAACCUGGGCAUCCGGGGCCUCCCGGGGUUUAUUAACCUGUUGAUUCUGCUGGCGGGCUGGUCCUGCGGCAACGCCUACCUGUACAGCAGCAGCCGCACGCUGUACUCGCUGGCGCGGCGCGGCCAGGCCCCCCGCGUCCUGUGCCGGUGCACUGCGUCCGGCGUGCCGAUCUACUGCGUCCUCGUCGUCUCGCUGCUCUCCUGCAUUACUUUUCUGGUGGCCAGCACCUCCGCCGUCACCGUGUUCUACUGGUUCGUCGACCUGACCACCUGCGCCUUCGUGCUGACCUACACCAGCAUGGUUGUGGUGUUUUUGGCGUGGUACCGCGCGCUCAAGGCGCAGGGGCUGGAUCGCAGGACUUUCCUCCCGUGGGCGUCGCCGGCGCAGCCCUACGCGGCCAUUCUGGCUGUGGUGAUUGGGUCCGUGGUCACGCUGUUCAACGGGUUCACUGUGUUCGCUCCGUUCAGUGUCCAGGGGUUCGUGACUUCGUACUUCGGGAUUGCGUUUUGGGUGGUCAUGUUUGCCGUCUGGAAGGUGUGGAAACGGACAACCUGGGUCAAGCCGGAGGAUGUCGAUCUGUUGGCGGGCAAGGCGGAGGUCGAUGCUGAGUGUCGCGUGUGGGAGGAUGGAGGCUUGGAGGAGAGGCGGAGGGAGGAGCUGGCGAGGAUGCAUUGGGUGAGGAGAGCCUGGGAGAAGAUGUGGUAG